AUGGAUACGACUUGGAUUACACAACCACGAAAUACGCCAGAGUAUGCUAAAGGACUUAAUGGAUUCCUUGAUUUUGCCUUUAAAAAUCGUCCAAAUGGAAUGGCAAAAUGUCCCUGUAAAAAAUGCGGUUUCAAAACACCGCAAAGUAGAAGUGUGAUGUAUGAUCACUUAAGAGCGACACCAUUUCCAGUGGGAUACACUGAUUGGUGCUAUCACGGUGAGGUCGCGAUAGGAGAAAAUAGUAAUGGUUCAUCUAGUAAUCCUACAAAUGCAGUUCAUGACAUUACAAAUGGAGAAGAUCCUAUCCAGAACAUGCUUAACGAUGCUUUUGGAGUUGAUAGGAAUCAUGCAAAUGAAGUGCCUAUUGCAUCGAAUGUCGAUAUUGAAAUAGAUGAAGAUGUGACACCGGACGCGACUCAGGAGGGGAAUGAAGCAAAAGAGUUUUAUGAAUUAGCAAAAGAGGGGGAACAACCUUUGUAUGAAGGGUGUAAAAAAUAUUCAAAGUUGGCUUUUUUGGUGAAGUUGUAUCAUAUCAAAUGCUUGUGUGGAAUGAGUGACAAGUCCAUGACAAUGAUUUUAGAACUCUUGCAAGAUGCAUUUGAACAUGCAAAGAUUCCAAGCUCAUUUUAUGAGGCGAAGAAAACAAUCACGAAACUUGGUUUGAACUAUGUAAAGAUUCCUGCUUGUCCGAAGGAUUGUAUGCUUUACUGGGGAAAUAAAGAAGAUGAGGAGAGGGAAACUUGUAAAGUUUGUCACACUUCCAGAUGGAAAUCAAGUAUAAAAUCUAAGGAGCGUGAGACAGGAAACGCUGACAACAGUUUGAAGAAAAUCCCUGCAAAAGUUCUUCGUUAUUUUCCAUUAAAACCUCGAUUACAAAGACUAUUUUUGUCUUCAAAGACAUCGGAGGAUAUGAGAUGGCAUGCUUUAAGUAAUAACAAUGAUGAAAUGAUGAGGCAUCCUAGAGAUUCUGAAGCAUGGAAACGAUUUGACUCGACACACCCUUGGUUUGCAUCGGAUGCACGAAAUGUCCGUCUUGCAUUAGCUAUUGAUGGGUUUAAUCCCUUUGGCAUUAUGAGUUCAAACUACAGUGUCUGGCCCGUAAUUCUCAUUCCAUACAAUACUCCUCCAUGGGUGUGCAUGAAGCAGACAUCUUUUAUAAUGUCGAUGAUAAUUCCUGGAAAAAAUGCUCCAGGAAAUAACAUAGAUGUCUACUUACAACCUUUAAUGAAAGAGCUGCAAGAUUUAUGGACAACCGGUGUAGAUGCUUAUGAUUCUUUCAAGCAUGAGAUGUUCAAAUUACAUGCAGCUUUGAUGUGGACAAUAAGCAAUUUUCCUGGUCUAGGUAAUCUCUCUGGGUGGAACACGUACACUGGAUAUGCUUGUCCAAUUAUGAUUGGGCUCUUACUGUUGAACAAAACAUAG